AUGGGAGGUUGGCAUGCAUGGGAGGAGCCGUAUGCACUCCUUCGCUUGAUACUAGGUGGUUUUGUUCCGUUUUUCCUUGUUAUCAGUUUCGUCUUAGGCUCUCAGCCGGCUGUUCACCGGGUUUUCUCCCCAAUCACUAAACAUUGUUCUGCGUUCAUUACCAAGCGAGAGGCGGAAGAUACUCUUCUCUUCGAUCGCGCAUCUGAUACUACAGAACUCAGAGACGAACCAUCCCGGAUUUCGAACUGGAAAACGGGCCUCAUUGUUUCCAUCGGCUUAACGGAGGCCAUUAUUUGGAUCAUAUAUGGGGCGUAUGCAGUUGCUGCAUUGGUGGAAUCUCAUUGGGGAGCUUUGAUAUUCCCUUUCUUCGUGGCACUUUCCUGGGUUUACGUCCUUUUGCGGCCUCUAAUUCGGCCCAUCGUCACCACCCCAUUCGACCUAUUUGUCCUUAUUGGUUUCCACUUGACAAUAUCCACUGUUGAUAUCGCAGCCCUAAUAUACGGGAAAAUCGCAAUGGGAACAGAAAUGCGCAAUAUUUUGUUAUUCGCGCUUUUGGUCAGUAAAUGGCUCGCCUCCCUGGUGGUUCUUGUCAUUGUCCUGGGAACUCCACUGGAUAUACCUUCGGCGAACGUCACUUCCGGGAAAAUAGAAGGAAAGCAUCCUGAAGAUUAUACUACGCUUUGGGGUUGGAUUUCCUUCUCUUGGAUGCAGCCUCUUAUGCACGAGGGCCUAGUACGAACACUGAACGAAGAAGACGUCCCAGACAUGAGCGUCACCUCGCAAUCUAAACCUCUCUUCAUGAAGUUCAAUACACUCCAAAAUAAAUCGCUCUUACGACGACUGUUCGUGGCCAAUAGGCGCGAUUUGUUCGUCGACUUCGUACUUACUGAGGCGUCUGUGUUUCUCCAAUACGCUUCACCAUUCUUUCUCAACGAGAUCCUCAAGACCUUCGAGAGUCCCACCCCGGAGGCGCGUUCCAAGGGUUAUAUUUACGCAAUCCUCUCCUUUGUUUGCUUGGUCUGCAAAGCCCAGGCUGAUGCUCAACACCUUUACUUUGGUCGUCGGGCUGCCACCAGAUUGCGAUCGGAGCUCAUGGCAUCUGUAUACGAUAAAGCGCUCAAGAGGCGUGACGUAUCUGGGACUUUUAAGAAAAGGAAAGAUGACGAAGAAGUCAAAGGGCAUAAUAAGAAGGGGUCUUUUUUCUCAUCCAGAAGUCAAUUGAAGAACAAACCAACGGAUGACACGAGCAGCGCAGACAUCGGAAAAGUCGUCAACCUCAUGAGCGGUGAUGCGAACCGAGUGGCAAUAUUCGUUUCAUCAGCAUAUUUCUUUUACGGGGCACCAGUAGAGAUCAUCAUUGCCGGCACCUUCCUCUUCAACAUUUUGGGUUGGGCAGCAUUCUCUGGCUUCCUCGUAUUGAUCUUGACGGCCCCUCUGAACGCUUAUUUGUCACGGAGGGCAGUGAAGAUAAACAAAUCUUUGUCGGCCGCUCGGGACAAACGUAUGGGAGUUUUAAACGAGUUCAUAAGUUCAAUAAAAUUUAUCAAAUUCUUCGCAUGGGAGGAGAAUUUUCUGGGACGAUCUCAAGAUGCACGGAAGAAAGAAUUGAAGAUAUUGGCUAAAGUGAACAAUAUAAGAACGGACAAAUACUAUCCUGUUCUCACUGCUGUGGGUGACUCUGCACCUGUCUCUUGGAGCGUUGCGCCAAUAUCCGUGUCCAUUGUCACAUUCUUGACUUACACUGUGAUUCUCCAAAGGGAACUCACUGUCCCAACCGCGUUCACUGCCAUCGCCAUAUUCAACAUGCUCCGUAUCCCUUUGAACGUCAUCCCUAACUUCGUCGUUCAACUGCUCCAAGCAUCUGUUUCCCUCAAGCGUAUCGAAGAGUUCCUGAACGAGGAGGAGGUUGACCCGGAAGUCUCAUCUUUGAAGCGAGAAGUCGUCCGUACUUCGUCGCAACCUUCAAGCAUCGGGAUUCGGAGUGCAUCGUUUCAAUGGGCUAAAGGCGCGUCUCACUCCACCCUGUCUCUGACGUCACCUCGGACAGACACCGCAGUGGAUGCAUCUAAAGUUACACAUGCACCCGAGGAUUCGGUUUUCGAAUUGCGUGACAUAUCCGUGGAGUUCCCUAACGGUGUGCUGUCAGUGAUUACAGGUCCUACGGCGUCGGGAAAGAGUGCACUUCUAUUUGCCUUGCUCGGUGAAAUGACUAUGCUUCCUGAAGGGCAGCGCUUACUCCCCAAGGAUCCUUCCAGCGUGGACGAGUUCGGUCUCACUAAUUCCAUUAGUUAUUGUGCUCAGACUCCCUGGCUUCAAUAUAUGUCGAUAAGGGAAAAUAUCUUGUUUGGUGCAAAAUACGAUAGCGAACGUUAUAACGAAGUGCUCGAGUGCUGCGCCUUAUCGCCAGAUCUUGCUAUAUUUGAAGACGGAGAUGCGACGGAGGUCGGUGCUCGUGGUGUAACAUUGUCUGGUGGCCAAAAAGCAAGAGUUGCACUGGCUCGUGCAGCAUACAGCUAUUCCAAGUUUGUGCUCCUUGACGAUGUAUUUGCUGCUGUUGACAGUCACACUGCAAAUGUUUUAUGGGAUAAGUUAUUCCAGGGACCCCUGAUGAGAAACAGAACCGUUAUUCUUGUCACUCACCAACUAGAUUUGGUGCUCGGAGGAGCACACUACCUGGUUCGCAUGCUGGACGGACGUAUCGCUCUCCAAGGAGAGAUAGAUGAUUUACGUUCCAAAGGCAAACUGGAUGCGGUUAAGCAGGAUGCAGUGACUCAGGUUGAGGUCUCGCCACAGAUCGCUCACAUUCCUGAAGAAUCCGAUCCGGUCGUGGAAGGUUCUCCGGAAGCGAAUGGCAACAGUAGAUCGGCGCGGAAGCUCGUCAAAGACGAGGAAAGGGCGAAAGGAAGCGUCAAAUGGUCUGUGUAUAAAACAUACCUGACCGCGUGUGGGUACUGGGUUCUGCCUUGCGUGGUCGCUGGCAUCGUGCUCUAUCAGAUAGAUGUUUUGGGAGAAAAGCUGUGGAUAAGGCAAUGGGGUAUUGCCUACGAAUCUCACGAGCACAGUUCCCUUGUGUCAACAUACUUCUCCAGUUAUUCCUCGGUUAUUCAUUUCGAACCAAAGAUGGCAAUCGGUUUACCAUACGCCAAUGGGACUACGAUCAGCGCGGAAGCGUUGCCAUCGCCGUACACUCACCCGCUGUUUUAUGUCCUGAUAUAUGGAGCCAUCGCUCUGGGUGGCGCUCUGGUCACCUGGAGGAUUCUCAACCGUUUUGGCUCUGAUAUCAUUACGAUCGACUCCUCGAUUAGCGCGUCUCUACGCGGUACAACAUCGUGGAUUGCUGCUUUCAUCGCCGCCAUGCUUACGGUUACAAUAGUCCUCCCACUAUUUUUGCCCGCUGCUUGCGUCAUGGGAUAUUUCUACUACCGGUACUCUGUUGCUUAUGUGCGAACAGGAAGGGAUUUGAGGCGUAUGGAAAGCAAUUCUCGCAGCCCCAUCUUUGCAUCCUUCGGUGAACUAUUGGAUGGAAUUGUGACAGUUCGUGCAUAUUCAGCGGAACAGCGUUUCUUCAACACCCUUCACACCAAAGUGGAUGCGACGACUAAAAUGUGGUUCCAAUUUUGGAUGGCCAACCGGUUCCUACUGCUCCAUUUUGAUUUCCUAUCUGCAACCAGUAUCCUGCUUACAACUAUUGUAGCAAUAUCCUUGGGCGUUGAUCCAGGCACAGCCGGUCUUUGCAUUACGAGCGCCAUGGCGUUCACAUCCUCAGUGUACUGGACAUGUCGGUUCAUCACUCAGCUGGAAAUGGACACUAACGCCGUUGAGCGUGUUGUUGAGUAUUUGAAUCUGGCCCAGGAGCCCCCCGCCAUCAUCGAAUCAAACCGACCUCCUGCCUAUUGGCCAUCAAACUCGUCAGAGUAUAUAGUGCAUGUGAAUGACCUCGUUAUUAAAUAUGCCAAGGAGUUGGAUCCGGUGAUAAGAGGCGUUACAUUUUCGCUACGCAGCGGAGAGAGAAUAGGAUUGGUGGGGAGGACCGGAUCUGGAAAAUCGACCCUUGCGUUGUCAUUUCUCCGUUUUGUUGACCCUUCCGAGGGCAGCAUUAUUAUCGAUGGCAUUGACAUUGUCACUAUCGGAGUACAAGACCUUCGGUCUCGAGUGACGUUGAUACCGCAGGAUGCGACACUUUUCAGUGGUACUAUCAGAGAGAACUUGGAUCCAUUCGAAGAACAUUCUGAUGACGAGCUUCUCGAUUCGUUAUUCCGUGUUCAGCUCAUCACUCCGAGUCAGUACAAUUCGCGAAGAUCAACUAGAGCAUCUACCCGAGCGUCUUCCCCCGCUGCCCUGGAGCCUGAGGACCAGCCGCAUCCAGAGACAGGGUCCAUCCCUAUUCCACCUCCCGUGCAGGUAGUCGCCACCCUUCCUGAAAACAUGGAGCCCAAAAUCGACAUCAAUCUGGACACACAAGUGGCAGCAGGAGGGUUGAACUUUAGCCAAGGUCAACGACAGCUCAUCGCGAUGGCCCGUGCUUUGCUGAGACAAAACGCGAUUGUCAUAAUGGAUGAGGCAACGAGUUCCAUUGAUUUCGAGACAGACGCAAAAAUUCAAAACACUAUACGAGAUGAGUUCAAGUCAAGCUUAUUGAUCACGAUUGCGCACCGAUUGCGUACGGUCAUUGAUUAUGAUCGAUUAAUAGUACUCGAUCAAGGGAAAAUAGUGGAAAUGGACACUCCAGCAAAUCUCAUCUGCAAAGAAGGGGGCGUCUUCCAACGAAUGUGUCUCAAAUCUGGAGACUUUGCGCAGCUUAAAGGAUCAGCCCUGGCUGCGGCGCACACUCACACUCAGUGA